UCGUACGGAAAGUCACCUCGUCGUGUCGGUCAGACAGAAGCUACUGAGAAGCUAGCAGCGCUAGCAUGGUCAUAGUGGUGCCAAGGGAAGGUCGACAGUAGGACAGCAGCAUCUUCUCCUAUCGUUUAACCGACCUAUCAUUUUUCAUUUGACAACAUCGUGCAAACAGGCGAAGUUAAACGGUUUAAAUCCUGUGGCUUUUAAGAAAGGUCCUUAGCUAGCUAAACAUUUAGCGAGCUAUCUUCGAGUGACGUUCAGUGUCUUCAUUUCCAUCAGAACAUCUACAAUCAUGGCUGCGUUGAGAGUGUCCUACCACAGGAUUUUGGACAGGAUCGAGCAUAUGCUGCCGGCGAAACUGAGACCUCUAUACAACCACCCGGCAGGUCCAAAAACAGUUUUCUUCUGGGCCCCGAUGUUUAAAUGGGGCCUGGUUGCAGCUGGUCUGGCGGAUAUGACUCGACCAGCAGACAAACUCAGUAUCUCCCAGUCUGCAGUGCUGACAGCCACAGGCCUGAUCUGGUCCAGAUACUCGUUGGUCAUAAUCCCGAAGAACUGGAACCUGUUUUGUGUCAACUUCUUUGUCGGCAGCGCGGGAGCCUCCCAGCUCUACAGGAUCUGGAGGCACAAGCAGGAUAUGAAGGCGCAGGCUAAAGAGGCUGCGGAGACCUGAGUGCUUUUCUGUUGCCAACGCUCCACUUGCUUCAGUGGACAGAAAAGGAGACUUCGCACUGGGCUCAAACCUGCCCCUUCUCAUCAUCUCUACAUCGUCCCACGCUGUCUCCAUAACAUCCAUGCCAUAACCAUUAUUCUACCACAUUAAGCCUGUUGUCCCUGUUGGAAAUGUGCACUUUUCCUUAAGUUUCAAAUUUCCUCAGGGUGUUUAAAAAAAAAAAAAAAAAAAAAAAAGAAAGAAAGAGAGCCUUUUUUAACUGUAGUCAACACACACUCAAGAAUGGUGGUCAUCAACGCACAAGUACUACUUGUUCAACAAGUAGUAUGAUUGUACAUUUUUUAAAUUUAACUUCAUGCUCUCUAUCUCGUGCACUAGUUGGGAAGUUUUGCUUUUUUUUCCAUCAGUUAUUCAGGUGUAGCAAUCAGUACCUCAUGCAAUAAUUUCCCAAAAAAUGUAACUCUUGGAUAUGUGUUGAAUGUGGUUUAAGGAAUGUCUCCAAAUGAAAUUAAAAAAGAUAUCAUAACAUUUAUCUUUUAAUUUACUUAUUUAUAAUUUGGUUGCAGUCACUGCAUCUGUACCUUAGUGAUUAUUAAAUCAUUAUUGAUCACCAUGUAAUGAUUCCUUCCAUCUUAAUGGCUUUAAGUCUUUAAAUGUGUGUCAGAACAAAUCAUAAUUUAUGAAUCAUUUGAUUAAAAAAAUUCUCUCGUAGUCAAAACUGUAUAGAAAGAUGCUGUUAUUUUCUGAUUCUUUAUCAGGCGUCCUUACACAAAUGCCACAUAGUUAACCUGUACAGCUUUUUAUUGAUUGUUACUACAGAGUCAACUAGCAAACACUGGUACUGACGUGCUAACGGCUCUUUAUUAUCAAACUCUUGCUGCUGAAUGCCUCUUUGUUUGUGGAAAGGUGUUUAAUAUUUUGUCUGUGUAAGAAUGGCACUUUCUUAGACAUGUUCCCGCUAUUUAAUCCCCUGGCUAUUUUAGCAAUAAUCUGUAAUAAUCAGUAAUCUCAUCACUUUUAAAUAUUUCUUGACUGUUUGAACAAAUGGCACUUUGAAGGUUGAUCAUUUUGGCUCUGUGGCUAUGUAAUGCUAAUAAAUCCUGUUUAACACCUAUAA